UUAUUAAAAUGAAUAUGCUAUUUGAUCUACUUCUAUAAAUAAGCUUUAACAUUCUAUCUUCUUAACUCUCAUGUAGAUUUAUCAUUCUAUUCUAUAUUAAGAAUAACUUGUCACUAUAUAUUAAUUUUGAGCUUUCGCACGACUACCAAUUUAAUUUGAGGCAUAAGAGAAUCGACAUUUAAAAUAUAAAAGUUUGACAACGUAACACAAUUUCUUUUUCCCUUUUGAACUAUAUCUAUUUCUUGACCAUCAAUCAAUCCCAGGUAGAAUAUAAUGGAAGUGACUCCUGUUUCCGUAAGACAUACCACUGAAGAAGAAGUUCAGCCACCUGUUCCAGAUACAGAAGAACAGAGUGAAGAAAUUAAACCGGAAGUUGAACCAGAAGCUGAACAAGAUGAUGGCAAAGAAGAAGUGAAAGAAGAAGCAGCUAAUCCUAAUGAAGGAGAAAAUGAACAGGAAGCAGAAGUGCCACCAACCGAAAAGCGUCCAUUAACCGAUAGUGAUUCUGAAGUUGAAGUUUCAGUAGAAACUUUUCAAACCAAACCAAUUGAGAAAUCUCAAGAAGAAGAAGAAGAAGAUGACGAUGAUUAUGACCCAGAAAUCAUCUUGAAAGAAGACAAUAAUGCUACUGAUUUAGUUAAAAAAGAUCACAAUGAAGAAGAAGACGAAGAUUCCGAUUAUGAUCCCGAAGGUGGAAUCAACCCUGAAUCCUCUGGAACUGAGCAUAAAGAAGAAACUGAAGUAGAAAGUACUAUUUUGAAAGGUAAGACUCCUCCUGCCGGAUUACCUCCUAAACCACCAGUGGUAGCUACAGUAGCAGCAUCACCAACUUUAGACCCUUUAUCAACCCAUGAUUCCCAACAACAAUUGACAGAUGCAUAUGCUGCUAUAAUGCAAAGCGAACUCGUUAAGAAUCCUAGCUUUGUAAAUUUACUGCAAGCUGAACAGAUGAAGCUUAUUGUCAAUGAAUUGAGCAAGAAAAAUAUUCAAUUAAAUGAUCAAGAUAACGUAAAGAAGAUUAAUUAUGACCAAGUCUACUCCUACAAUAAGCCAUUCAAAAAUUUGAAAGAUCCAAUUCCAUUAAUCCCUUUGAAUGAAUUCUGUCGUAGACCAAAUAUCACUGCUCCUAUGACUCCAGAAGAAGAAAAACAAUAUGAUGAUUUCAUUAAAACUGAAGCAUACUAUAUGGAAUUACAAAACUGGGAUGAAUUUCCUGAUAAGCUGAGAUUGUUUAUUGGUAACUUACCUGCCAAUACCAUAUCCAAACAAGAUUUAUUUAGAAUUUUUAGUCAAUAUGGGGAUGUUAUUCAAAUUGCAAUUAAAGCUGGUUAUGGAUUUGCUCAAUUCAGAACUGCUGAAGCAUGUUAUGAUUGUAUUAGAGGUGAAACGGAUGUUCCAUUACAUAAUAAAAUUAUGAGAUUAGAUGCUUCAAAACCUCAAAAAUCAAGAAGACCAGGAAGACCAGAUAUUAAUAAUCCUAAUCUUGCUGCUGCUGAAGGUGGGCGUUCAGAUGAAAGCAGUAGAAAGAAAAGAAAAGUUUUACCAGAUUGUCAAAUAUAUAUCACUGGAAAAUCAUCAGUAUUUUAUAUUAGGAAAGUAAAGAAAGCUUUUGCUAAUUCUCAAAUUACUGUUGAUACUGAAGAUGUUACUCAUAGGGAAAUCAAUGAAGUCAUCAGUGAAGCUGCUUAUUCUGGUGUAUUAGGUGCUUGUGUGGUUAAGGAAUUGAAGGUUGAUGUUCAAACAUUUGAAAGCACUCCAGAUGGGGGUAUUAAAUUUGAUGAAUACGCUGAUGUUGAUCCUGACGUUGCUGCUGAAAUUCUUUCUAAGGCUAAGGUUAAAAAGUAUGGAACUAAUAUGCCUGUGUAUUAUCCUCAAGAUACUUCACACAAUGAUAAUUCUGCUCGAAGCCAACCAUAUGGAUACCAAGGUCAAAGUCAACCUAGAGCCCCAAAUCCAUACAGUGAUGUGUAUUCUAGAAAGAGACCAUAUAGCGGUGGUGAUUCUAGUGGAGGUCAUAGAGGAGAUUAUGGAUCUCACCGUGGAGGAAAUUCUGCUGGUGGAUACAGUAGAAGAGGCGAUAGAGGUGGAAGAGGUGGAAGAGGUGGUAGAGAUAGAGGUGGUAGAGAAUCUAGAGAUCAUCAUUCAUAUGAGAACCAAUCUUGGUCUAAUCAAGGUAGCCAACAACAGUACGGACAACAACAAUAUGGCCAGCAAAGUAGUAGAGGUUAUGACCAACGCUCCCCUUACGGUCAAAGUUCCCAAACCAGUCAAAGCGACCAAUACUAUAAUCAACAAACACCUCAAAAUCAAUACGGUCAACAACAAAAUAAUCAGUAUAAUCAAGGCUCCGAUCAAAAUGCCUUAAUGCAGCAAUUACAAGGAAUGAAUCCAGCCGAUCUUCAACAGCUUGUUGCCAAUUUACAGCAACAGCAACCUCCUCCACAGCAACAACAACAACGUCAACCACCAUCACAUUAUCAACAACAACAGUCACAAGGUUAUGGUCCUCCACCUCAAUCUAACAAUUAUGGUGGCUACAAUCAAGGAGGAUAUCAAGGAGCACCACCACCACCACAACAACAAAGUCCAAAUGGACAGGUCGAAGCAUUAUUAUCCAGAAUUCAAUCUAGUUCUAAUAGUGGUUAUCAAAGCAGUCCACCAAGUCAACAUCAACAGCAAGACCAACGUAACCAACAGCAGUCUCCAUAUAGCAGUCAAGCUUUAUUGGACACAUUGGCAAAAUUAACUAAAAAGUAAUGUAUCUCUACGUAAUUAAAAUUUUAAGCUUAUAUUUGAUAUAUUUAUUAUAAAAUAGACAUGGCGUGAUUUAUCUCUUAACCUAUAUAUAUACAAUUUGUAGAGAUCAAUCUACAGUAUCUUCAAUAGACAAUGCAUUAACUUCUUCAGGAACCUGUUCGACUUCUUCAGGAAUUUCAUCAAUGUGACCUUCAUUAUAUUGUUGUUGAAGUUCCUCAAAGUCAUUUUCGUUUUCUAAAUAACCUGAAAUCCCAAUUACAC